AAUUUUUUAAUAGUUUAGAUUAUUUCCGUAAAGAGGCCAGCCAACUUUUGAGUUGAUUGUUUCCUCUUCCUGUACAUGCGCAAAUUGUACUUCCUUUUUAUCCAAAAUGUCCAAGAGAGGAAGGGGUGGAACGGCUGGUGGCAAAUUCCGCAUUGCACUGGGUCUCCCAGUGGGUGCUGUUAUCAAUUGUGCGGAUAAUACAGGAGCCAAAAAUCUAUAUGUCAUUGCUGUCAGUGGAAUUAAAGGUCGCCUCAACAGACUUCCAGCAGCAGGUUCUGGUGACAUGUUUGUUGCAACAGUCAAGAAAGGCAAACCAGAGUUAAGGAAGAAAGUAAUGCCAGCUGUAGUUAUUCGUCAGAGAAAGCCUUUCAGGAGAAAGGAUGGUGUUUUCAUUUAUUUUGAAGAUAAUGCUGGUGUUAUUGUAAAUCCUAAAGGAGAAAUGAAAGGAUCUGCCAUCACAGGUCCAGUUGCAAAGGAGUGUGCUGACCUGUGGCCCCGUAUUGCAUCUAACGCAAGCUCCAUAGCCUAAUUUGUUGAUUACAAGAACACACAGCUACACAAUAAAAAGAAAAUUGUA